GUGGAUGAGCCGUUUGAACGACUUCUUUCAGCGAGCAACCGGACCGGUCGAGACGUUUACGACUCAUACGCGACAGCGCUUGCUCAGAGGACAAUGGAUGGAUGGCCAGUUCAAGCUCCCCUUCUGCAUGGUGAUCGGGCUUGGAGCGGUCAAGAGGGAGUACCUCAGGGCGUUCGGGCUCCAGUGCAACAGUCAUCCCUACUUUCUGGUGAUCGUGUUCGUAGAGAUCAAGGGGAUUAUGUAUGGGGAGUCUUGGAUGGGAGAUCAGGCGGCGUUCGGUUUGAUGUACCUGGCAAAGAAGGUGAAUAUGGGCCUCGUGGAUCUCGCAAUAGAAGUGGGAGCAGGGAGCGGAAUGGUGGCAGCCCCCACUACAGGGGGAAACCCCUUGGAGACCUUGGUUGCUGGGAUUACGCAGAUCCAGCAAGUUCUUCUUCGUGGCAAGGCUUCAGGUGAGACCUCAGAGUUUGACCCUUCCAAGGCUGUUUCGGAGUUCCCAAAGCUUGCCGAGAACACCCCAGAGAGCGGAGCCAUAGAUUUUCAAGAUUGGCUUUAUCUUGUGGAGCAGCAGGUUGGAAGUUUGGCAGCCGGAGCUUCAACGUGGUGGACAGGGAUGCUGGAAGCAGCGAUGCAAGCAUACUCAGCGUACCAGGCGGCGACCCCUAUCCAACGAUUGACUGUUAAGGCUGAACUGCCGUUUGAGUGGGAGGACGAGAAGUACUCCAAGCUUGAGAAGCGUGUGGCGGCCUUGAUGUUAGGUGCUCUACCUCAACAGAUGAAGGAGGAGAUGGUGUCGUAUAGGGUGCGGCGAGUGCAUCAGCAGCUAUUCAGGCUGCUGAUAAACUACCAGCCGGGCGGAAGUACUGACAGAGCGUUGGUCUUAGCUCAGUUAGAAGCUAAGGAGGUUUCAGCUGAUCCCGGCGAGGUUGUGGCGGCGCUGAGGAAGUGGUUCAGGUGGCUACAGCGAGCUCGUGAUCUUCAGCUGUCUUUACCGGACCCCUCAGUGCAGAUAAGAUCGCUGACGAUUUUGGUGAAGCGCUUGGCGGAAAAGAACCCGGAUCUCCAGUUUAAGAUCUCUUUGGCCAAGACGGAGCUGCGUGUGGAAAGCAGACCGAGCCAGGAGACGGCGUUGAAGUUCUUUCAGCACUUGCUUGCAGAGAUUGAGCAGAUGGGGCCCUCGAGAUCUAUUAAUCGGGGCAAUAACACCGCCUCCGCAGCAGCAACCUCAACGACUCCGGCAGGGGAUCCCAGAACUAAGAGUGCUCACGCUACGCCUACAAGGGAGAUGCCAACAUCACCGAAGGAGGGCAAGGGCGAUGGAAAGGGAAACCCAUGCAAGUGGUUUCUGAGCGAGCAAGGUUGUGGGCGAGGGCGUUCAUGCAAGUUCCUUCACGACUGGACUCAAGUUGUUAAGGCCGAGAGAUGUUUGGUUUGCGGGUCCAAGCUGCACAAAGUACGAGACUGUCCGCGCAAGGACCUGGAGCCAACCAACAAUAGCCUAGCCCCAAAGGGACUCAACAAGAAGGAGUUGAAAGCCUUAUCCUCGACCUCUACCCCUUCGACAUCUACUACUUCGGCACCCACAACCACGGUGAGUCCGCCGCCCCCUCCAUCGCAGCCCGUGGCGGCAAUGACACCGGCAGCUAAGGCGGCAGCGGAUCCGCCGCUGCCCGUGAGCAACGAAUCCUUGCGGGAGGUGUUGGCUGAAACCACCAAGGUGCUAAAGGCGCUGGCACCAACCCCAGACACUGCAUCCUCCCUUGAUCGGGGCCAAGCGGCUGUACAAGAUCCACUACAACUUCUUUCGCGACGAUUGCAACGGAUUCAGCUGGCCAAGGUUGAGGAGAAGGUUGCACUACUAGAUUCUGGGGCGAGCCAUGCAUACCGCAACGCGAGGGGCCAGUGUGACACCUUAGUCCCACUUGGACAGCUUGUGGAAAUCCUGGGGUGCAAAGUGCGGUGGACCAAGGGCAACUUGGUGGUCGUUCAGAGUGAGAAGGUGAUGGAGUGGUUUGAGCAUUGCCAAAAGUAUGUGGCCUCAGGAUUGCCCUUGGGGACAAUAGCUACAGCUGCCGAGGAGGUACCUACCAAAGAUGCAGAUGGAUGGAUGGCGAUGACAGAGGCCUCGGGAGCCAAGGUAGAUGUGGACCUACGCAACUCGAACCUCCUAGACCUCAACAAGUCCAAUGGGAUAUACAAGGAGGAGGCGCUGAUUGUCAAGAUGUUGGUUUUGGCUAUGGUUGCAAUGGAAGGUUCUACGGGCUCAAACAUGGACUUGGACGGCUUGAAGGGACUUACCAGUACUACGAACACGUCGGGCGUAUGGACCGAUGAGUUUGUGAAGUGUGUUGUUGCAGCCGUGAAUGCCUGGAAUGGAUUCUCGCUCGGGGAAUCCAUCCUAUGUUCCCUUGAAGUUGGUCAAGAUCCCGGUGCUUCCUUGGGGAAGAUGACGGCAAAGGAGUGGCCUCAGCGGGCAGACCUCAUCGGCGUGUAUCCCGCAGAUCAGCCUAUGUCCUCUCGGCAGACGUCGCGGGAGGACACUGGGGCUGGAAUCGGGGACUUGUUCUUGGAAGAGGACGAAGAGAUCGCUGAGCCGCUACGUGGUCGGAAGUCUUCCGAUGUUCUACGCGCACUACAGGAGGUGUACAUUGAUGUCAAGAUGUUGGGACUGCCAGUUUGCCGACUACAUGCCGACAGGGCCAGGGAGUUCAGGACUGCAGCGGUUAUGGAAUGGGCCGCAGCACGAGACGUUCAGAUUACGAGAACCGAAGGGGACUCGCCGGCUCAGAAUGGCGUGGCGGAGCAGGCGGUGAAGUACAUUAAGUCAAGGACAAGGAUCUUGCUGUCCUCAGCUCAAGAGCGAAGCGGUCGUGAGGCCAAGGAGGUGAAAACUUGGUGGCCAAUGGCGGCCGAAACAGCUGCGCUUCGUCAACGAUCCUUGGUGUUUGGACAAGAUCUAAAUCCUCCAGCGGGGUUUGGAAACCAGGUCUACGUGAAGAGGAAGAAGUACGGAGCUGAGGCUCGAGACUUAGACCCCAAAUGGGGAAACGCGGUUUACCUUGGACCUGCUCGAGAUGUUCCUGGAGGCCAUAUUGUUCUAACGGAAGACGAUCAUUUGUGGAAUACGUGCAAUGUUCGGCAACUUCCAGAUGUUCCUAUGGAGCCAGACCCCUCUACGCUGGCUACGCGGAGACGAGUGGUUGGAAAGAAGCCGCCUCCUGCAGUAAUUCCUCUUGGCCACGCAAGGUCAGCAAGGGCAGACCCGGCGGGUUCUAUCUCGUUGAGCAGAGUACUAUGUGAAACUGAGAAAGUUAAAGACAAGAAGUCUGUAGCCCGAAUGGAGUUCCUACCAGCCGGAGAUCACAUGAAGUCACUGGCCCAGGUGUCGUGGGAGAGGGAAUGGUUUUCCUUGGAUGAUUGCUUACAUUUGCUGGAAGAUACCCCGUUUCGCAAGCCGAACCAGACGAGGGUUGCCAAUGCGUGGGGUGAUCCCGGACCAGAUGUCUAUGUGGCUUUUGGUGCUUAUCAACAUGGAGGUUUUGUGGGACUGACUAAGGCCACUGAACACUUCGAGUACCUCACAAAGUAUCUGGUGGGCUUCCUCAAGCAUCACGCUGGAGCCGGUGAUCCUUUUACCAGUGUUGUGGUGGCGCGUAAUUUGGGAACGAAGCUGCACAAAGAUAAGUACAACAUCCAUGGCCGUCGAAACAUUACGAUCUCCUUCGGCAGCUUCGAUGGAGGAGGUGUUUGGAUAGAAGGAGAGCAUGGGGAUUAUCCACGACAAGAACAACAACUUCCAAAUGGAGAUGUGGUUUGUGGAACGGUCCUACAAAGCAAAGACGCGAUCUUGAAGUUCGAUCCGAGGAGGUGGCACAGCUCUAUGCCGUGGACGGGAACGAAGUGGACAGUGAUUGGUUACUGCAAUCGUGGGAUCAAUCGAAUGGAGCCCAGGGAUGUUCAACGCUUGGAGAGCUAUGGAUUUCCUCUUCCAGAUGUCCCAACAGCUACCUUGAGCAGUAUGAGGUCAAUAGACGACGUCAUUGAGUACGACUACUGCGAAACGGAGGAUGAGGAGGAGUACUAUGACAUCGAGACCAUUGGCGAAGAAAGGUUGAUGAGGUUGCGCAGGCUGUUGGAUGAGGAGGAGAGGAUUGAAUCAUGUCGGCCCAGAUCGGAGAACUCAGAGGAGAUGGAAGCAGUGAAUUUGGUGAAUGUGAGGGCAAUGAAGUUAUGUGAACAGCUGGAGGCUAAGGACUUGGAGCACUACGACGGAGCUGACCCUACGGAUGCCGUGGAAUGGUUUCGUUUGUGCCGCUUGGUGGAGGGAGGAGAGCAACAUGGAGUCGAAGAUCUUUUACGACACUUGGAGGAGCCGUUACAGGUGGUGUAUACUAUGACGUUGGGGGAGGUUAUUGCGGAUGGCGUUACAAAGCCGCAGGAUCAAACAGAGUCCUUCGAUG